AUGCUUUCAAUUAUAUCUCACAAUCGACCUGUUUCAUUCCAUCAAGUACUUACUCUUUUGACAUCCAGUAUUCGUUAUUUAACAUCAACUUCAUCGGAUAGAAAAUCGAAUGAUGAUGUCGACUAUCAUGAUCGUUUAAAUACAACAAAAAAAAUGCGUCUAUUAGGUUUACAGAGUAGUCAAGCUCGUCAAGCACUUUCAAUCUAUGAUGAUUAUGUCAAUCGACAAAAAAAAUUGCCUGAUUUACGAAUGUUUGCAGUUGCUAUAAAUUGUGCUAUGAUUGCUGAAGAUUUAGCUAAAGGUCGUGAAAUUCAUCAAUUUAUUGAACAUAAUUUUCCACAUUUGAAAGAUAAUCUUAUGUUAAAACAACAACUUCGUUAUUUUUAUAUUAAAUGUAAUGAUAAACUAUCAGCUGAUAAACUUUUUCAACAAUCAUCAACAAUAAAACAUACACAAACAGAAAUACAACAAAAAUUUAAAACUAAUAAAUCUUGA